ACACGCAUAUGGACUCCUGAACCACCCCACACACUGCAAAACAGAGAGGCAGAGUGAGAGAGAGAUUAGGUUUGCAGAGCCUCUCUCUAUUAGCAUUUCUCGUUUUCGAUUCGCAGGAUUUGGGGAUUUCUGAUUUGUGGGUCUGUAGACUGUGGCGAAGAAGAUGAGUGGGGAGAAACUCACAGGGAAGGUCAAGUGGUUCAACGACCAGAAGGGUUUUGGCUUCAUAACCCCUGACGAUGGUGGUGCAGAUCUCUUUGUUCAUCAGUCGUCGAUCCGCUCUGAGGGCUUCCGCAGCCUUGGAGAGGGUGAGGAGGUUGAAUUCCAGAUCGAACAUUCUGAUGAUGGCCGUACCAAGGCGGUGGACGUUACUGGUCCAAACGGAAACCCUGUACUAGGAUCUCGCAAUGGAGGUGGUGGUGGUGGGAGAGGUGGUCGAGGUGGAGGAUACGGCGGAGGUGGGUACGGUGGUGGUGGAGGAUCAUAUGGUGGAGGUAGAGGUGGGAGGUCUGGUGGUGAUUAUGGAUCUUUUGGUGGAGGCGGUGGGGGCUGCUUUUCUUGUGGAGAGAUUGGGCAUAUGGCGAGAGAUUGUCAGCAGGGUGGAGGUGGUGGAGGUAGGUAUGGUGGCGGUGGCGGUGGCGGUGGAGGAGGAGGGAACUGUUACAACUGUGGAGGAUCUGGUCAUUUUGCAAGGGAGUGCCCAAACAGUGGCCGCUGAGCUGAGCCGGGGGUAAUUGGGUGAGCAUGUAAAAUGUGUGUGUAUCACAUAUGCUUGUUCACUUUCAAUCUCUUGUAUCUCCUUUUAUUGUUGGCUCCUCGGGCUCCUUUUUAGGUUGUUUAUUGAUGAUAACCCAUAUUGUUUGGCAAAUCGGUUAUCUUGCUUAUCCAGUAUGCAUUAAAUUCGGCUUCCGUAGGCUCUAGAUCUAAAGUUUCAGUCUUUUUAAAGGAUUUGGUUGCUUUCUCUUUGUUUUGUUUUGGCUUAUUAGUAGAUUUCAUUCCAAUCGGUAUGGUUUUGAUUUGGGUCUGAGUAGAGAGAAUGAUGGGAUGGUGGAGAAAUUUUAACAUCUUCAAAGAUGUCUACAGAAUAUAUGAUUCAUUCUGGUUUGACUCCAUUAAUUUUUUCCAGGGUUGUUAUCUAAAUGUUUCAUUUGAAGUACUUGCUUGAUUGGUAAUAUAUUAUUCAUUCUGGUUUGAUUGCA